UGCUUGUAACCCAAAACAUUGAUUUAUAGUCAUUGCAGAAGAUUUGAGGAAAGAAGCCAGAAAAGAAGAAACAACCCUAAUUAAAUUCUGAUUCUUUUCUACCCACAUUCAAUUGUUAUUCGGAAAAUAUCCAAUUCACUGUAGAUUCUGCACCUGAACUUGCUUUGCUUGGUAAACUAUUAACUCCCAGGAAUGCAUGCAUCACUUUCGAAUUUUGUAUCGUAUAAAACAAUGCAGCAAGUUUCAACUCCCAGUCCAAGGCAAGAAUCUUCAUGCCCAUGUUAUCAAAUCUGGUUUAGACCUUCAGGCACCCAUUUAUCCCAACACACUCCUGGAUAUGUAUGGCAAAUGCGGCCAUCUGAAGGACGCCGUCCAAUUGUUCGACGAAAUGCCGGAAAGAGACUUGGCCUCGUGGGCAUCAAUUUUCACUGCGUAUAACCAAGCCGAGCUCCACAAAUGCACGCUCUCUUUGUUUUCUAGUAUGCUGUCUAGAGAUGGUCUUCAACCGGAUCAUUUUAUCUUUGCGAGUCUCAUCAAUGCUUGCGCUAGUUUGGCUGCAUUCAGACUUGGUCUACAACUGCACGCUCAGUUUGUUGUGUCAUUGUUUUCGGAUGACGAUGUUGUUAAAUCGUCCCUAGUUGAUUUUUACGCAAAAUGUGGAUUUCCUGAUAGAGCUCGUAGAGUAUUUGACUCGAUUGUGUCGAAGAAUGUGGUUUCUUGGACUAGCUUGAUAUAUGGAUAUGCGAGGAUGGGAAGAAAAGAUGAAGCUUUUGAACUUUUACGGGUUAUGCCUUGCAAAAGUUUGUACUCUUGGACAGCUCUGAUAUCAGGCUUUGUGCAGGGUGGGCAUUGUGUUGACUCGUUUAGGCUUUUUAGUGAAUUAAGGAGAGGAGGAGUAGAUAUUGAGGGACCAUUUGUUCUUUCAAGUUUAAUUGUUGGUUCAGCUAGUUUAGCCAUGUUGGAGAUGGGAAAGCAAGUUCAUCGAUUAGUCAUGGGUCUUGGGUAUGAGUGUAGCUUGUAUGUUAGCAAUGCAUUGAUUGAUAUGUAUGCCAAAUGCAGUGAUGUACUAUCUGCAGAGAAGAUUUUCCGUAAUAUGACGAAGAGAGAUGUUGUUUCUUGGACCUCUAUUAUAGUGGGGAUGGCACAGCACGGCCGAGCUGAUGAAGCAUUGUCUUUGUAUAAUGAGAUGACUUUGGCUGGUCUCAAACCAAAUGAAGUGACAUUUACUGGGCUAAUUUAUGCUUGUAGUCAUGUUGGGUUAGUCAACAAAGGUAGGCAGCUUUUUAAGUCUAUGGUUGUGGACUAUGGAUUAACGCCAUCUCUUCAGCACUACACAUGCUUAGUUGAUCUUUAUAGUCGAUCAGGACACCUUGAAGAGGCUGAGAAAGUACUUUAUUCUAUGCCAUUCAAGCCAGAUGAAGCUGCGUGGGCUGCUUUAUUAAGUGCUUGUAUUCAAGCUGGGAAAAAUAAAACAGGGGUUCGAAUCGCAGAUCAUUUGCUCCAAAUAGGACCAGAAGACCCAUCAACAUGUAUUCUGAUGUCUAACAUUUUUGCUCGUGCUACUAUGUGGGAGAGUGUGUCUACAGUGAGAAAAAUGAUGGCGGCAAUGGAAUUGAAAAAGAAACCUGGAUACAGUUGCGUCGACUUAGGAAAGGAAAACCAAGUCUUCUAUGCUGGGGAGACAAUGCAUCCUAUGAAGGAUGAGAUUUUUGGUCUGCUAAAGGAGUUGGACGCAGAGAUGAGGAAAAGAGGUUAUGUACCUGACACUUCUUUGGUUUUGCAUGACAUGGAACUGCAAGAGAAGGAAAGACAGCUCUUUUGGCAUAGUGAGAGAUUGGCUGUUGCUUAUGGGCUACUUAAAUCUGCUCCUGGGACGUCUAUACGGAUACUCAAGAAUCUGCGUAUUUGUGGUGAUUGUCACACUGUUAUAAAGUUCAUUUGCAGCAUUGUCGGCAGAGAAAUUGUUGUUAGAGAUGCCAACAGAUUCCAUCAUUUUAAGGAUGGUGUGUGCUCUUGCCGGGACUUUUGGUAAUCAUGCAGCUUUCAGACGGUGAUAACGUAAGUGUUCUAUACACAUGGACCUUCCUUUGUUUAAAUAUGACCCACUUAUCUGUGAGUUGAUUAUUUGUCAUUUGCAAGGUAUUUAGGCAAUAUUGAGCUUAUUACACACACUGGACGUAAUUCACCAAAUCAUGGGAAUUAAGCCAUGCCAGUCAUUGGACCUUCAUUGUGUUGAUGUUAAGUUACAUAACACAGCAUAGCACACUGUUCAGUAUUUU